GUAGGGGGAUUUCCAUACCCCGAUUCAGCCAAUCGGAGCGCGUCUGCUACGAAAGCAAAAAGUGAAGCAAACUACGUUUCAGAUGGAGUCACGUCCGUGUAAACGCGCCUCCCAGUCGGUACCGACCCGUGUGCCGGGUUCAUAGCCCGGCUGGUGUUUCGUCCCGGUACCGGAGCUUUUUUUUUUUUUUCAGGAGACAGACACGUUCCGACACAGAAGAGCGGACAUCAUCCGGUUCAGAAGAGAUUCAAGGACACGGAGGUCUUUAAGGACCAUUCACGGCGAUGAACGACAUGGACAUCUUCAACGGGGCCUCUGAGCCGCGAGGGCCUUCUGACUUUGAUCUCAUUGAGGAAAUCAUCACAGAGUGGUCAGGUGCAUCCCUCCCCGGACCUCCUCCACCCCCCGCUGACCUCCUCUGUCAGGACCACAGGAUGCGACAGCAGAGCCCGUCUCAGCCCGUGCUGCUGUCCCGAGGAGCUGCAUGCCAGCCAACCUGCACCUUCCCGCAGCCCCAGCAGCAGUCGAGCACUUCCAAAGACAUGGCUCAUUCCUCCCGGGGAGCCGGCGCUCCACCCGGUUUCCCGCGGCGCGGUCGAGGCGCGGCGUGUUCGCUGACCUCCAAAAGCUCCCGUGGCGUUUCCUCCCACAGCCGCGGCGGCGAAACGGAGAUGCUGGAGCAGCUGCUGAACAAGCCCAGGCUGGUGGUGUUGGAGGAGCCCAAGGAGAGAGGCAUGAGGUUUCGCUAUGAAUGCGAGGGACGCUCGGCCGGCAGCAUUCUGGGGGCGUCCAGCUCUGAAACCAGCAAGAGUCAGCCCACGAUAGAGAUUCAAGGUCCCAUUGACCACUUAAAGAGGGUCACAGUCACGGUUUCCUUGGUAACCAAAGACCCCCCGCAUCGGCCUCACCCCCACUGCCUUGUGGGUAAAGACUGCGCAAACGGUUCGGGAAUAUGCGUGGUCACGCUCAAUCCUCACAGCAACCGACGGCACAGCUUUGUCAACCUCGGUAUCCAGUGUGUGAGGAGGAAAGAGCUGGAUGCUUCACUUGAGAAGAGAAGAAACCUAAAUAUCGACCCCUUCCAAACUGGUCACUCAAAGGGCAUUGAAGACAUGGACAUGAACGCCGUGCGACUGUGUUUUCAGUGUGAGUUUGAAUGGGAAGACGGCAGAAAAGACUGUCUCAGCCCAGUGGUGUCCAACCCCAUCUAUGACAAGAAGGCCACGACCACAUCGCAGCUGAAGAUCGGCCGUUUUAACCAGUACAGAGGUUCCUGCACCGGCAAGACCGAGAUCUACAUGUUGUGUGACAAAGUGCAGAAAGAUGACAUAGAGAUCAUCUUCAGGCGAGGGUCGUGGAAGGCCAGCGGGGAGUUUGCCCAGACAGAUGUGCACCGGCAAAUCGCCAUCGUGUUUAAGACUCCACCCUAUCAGGACCAGGACAUCACAGAGGAGGUAGAAGUCAGCGUGGUGCUGCGCCGCCUCUCGGACCAGAUGGAGAGCGAGUCCAUUACCUUCACGUACCUGCCACACAAUCCAGAUCCGUAUGAGGUGAACCGGAAGAGAAAGAUAAAGUCUGACAUCAGCUUCAGUGAGAAACCUUGCGUGACAGCAGAGAGCGCACCUGCAGCAGAGCAGCCCUUCCACCUUCAUCAAACCAUGAUGGGCCCUAACGAGAGGCUCUGCGCCGCCCGGCCCGGGGCCUCCGCUUUAGGGGAGAUGUGUUACAGCGAGCACCAGGACACAAACAACGACAGCGACGCGGCCAUCUUGAAUCAGCUGCUGGAAAUGCCCGCGAUAUGGGACAUAAUAUCCAACCCCGGCCUGACCUCGGCCAUGCCCUCCGGCUUCGAGCAGGGGCCCGAGGCCGGCGCCGUGUUUGCCAACCUGGAUAUGAACUUCAACCCGAACUUUGGCCCGUACACACAGGACUUUUCCCAUUACAACGACCUGCAGUUCAACAUGCUCGUCAACGAGAUCCAGAAUCCGCAGUCGGAGGGCCGGGAGAGCCCGUCCAGCACGCUGCAGGUGAAGACCGAGGAGGAGCUGUAAGCCCCGGGAAGCUAAAACGUGUAAAAAAUAUAUAUAUAUAAAAUAUCUGUGGCACUUGGAGGGAAAAAUGCUUACUGCUUUCUGGGCGAGAGUUAGAUGAGAGAACUGGUACCGCUGAGGUUUCUAUUUCCCGGAAUGUCGAAUCUCCCCUUAAGGCCUCUGGGUUUGGACGCAAACAAGAUAAUUUUGUCUCGUGCUGAUUUCUCUGUGAAAUGUGUUUGCCCUCCUGCUAAAUUUGUCUGGAAACCUUGCGGGUCAAGGCUUUAGUUCAGCUCCAACAUUCCUGCACGUGUGCUGGUCAGUGACAUUUAAAUAGCCCGCCAUUUACUGCAUAGUAUCGUAGUAAACGAUUGGUAAAGUAAGAUUUAGAUAUGCUGAUGACAUCGUCAACGUGAAACACAGUUCACAGGAUUGUUCUGUGGAAACUACGUAAUUUCCUCAGUCGUAUCGGAUUUUAGGCUCAAUUACAGUAGUUUCCGAUCUGCUCUCCGCGUUCAUACUUAAUCACUGUGUCACUGUGGGCGUCGCAACAGCUGGCUUGCUUAAUAAUUAAUCUGCUUAGCAAUAGGAACCAGUCCUCUUCUUAUUUAAAUUUCCUCUCAGUUCCUGCCUUUUUAUGCGGUUCCGCUCGUGUGCUGAACAUUCAAAUUUCCGCUUGAGUCUAACCAUUGUCAGUGAUCCAGAAAAGGAAUAAUAAAACGUCAAACUGUGGGGUUUUUGUCUUGUCGUUACUUCCUCUGAAGCCAACCGCUGCCUCGAUAAUUGGUCAAAAGAAAAAAUAUAUAUAUUUAAAAUGUGACCUGCUGCCUGACACACGUUUCUAACCUGUUCGCUGACUUUAAAGCACAGAAGCCAGUAGAUGUGUAUUUGCGGUAAAUGUCAGCAGUGUCACAAGGCGAAGUUGAAUGACUUGUUUGGAUGGAAGAGGGAUUGUGUUUUUAUCAGACGCUUUGCGGCCUCCGUGCCUUUUCAUGCUCACAUUUCACUCAUACAACUUUUGGAAUAUCUUUAUAGACGUAGAUCAGGGAAUUAACACAAAGAUGUUGAAAUGUAAACGUAGGUUUGUGCAAUUUUUUUUGUGUUAUUUUCAGUGUGUUAAUUAAAUGGUUCAGUAUUUUUAAA